AUGUCUAUCAUCAUACGGUUGCAAAAUCUGCCAUUGGAGGCGAACUCGAUGGACAUCCGGCGCUUCUUUCAAGGCCUGCACAUUCCCGACGGCGGGGUGCACAUUGUCGGUGGCGAGAAUGGCGACGCAUUCAUCGCCUUUGGCAGCGACGAGGACGCCCGCCAAGCGAUGGGCCGCGACGGUAAUCUGAUCAAGAACUCGCGCGUCAAGUUGCUACUGAGCUCGCGCAAUGAAAUGCAACGCGUCAUUGACAACGUCCGCAUAGCAAUGGCCAUCAGCUUGAACAACCCGGCGCUGGCACCAGCCACCGGUGCGCCAAACAUCGGCGGCGGCGGUGUUGGAGGAAAUGUUGGAAUGGCUGUUGGUGGAGGAGGAGGAGUUGGAGGAGGAAUUGGAGGAGUUGGAGUUGGUAUUGCAGGCAUUAACCAAGGCAUUAAGAAGGAUGUUCAGGGCAUUGCCUAUGUGGCUCAGCAGCAGCCUCAAGUCAUAGCGAAGCAACCGCUGCAUAAUCAGCCAGGCGGUCCAGUCGCCUUCAGAAAUGUUAGCGGGCCGGCUCAGCAGCAGCAGCAGCCGCCAAUGGGCGGCGGCGGAGGCUACCAGGGCGGUCCUGGAGCAGCAGGUCAAGUCGGUACCCAUCCUCAGUUCUCCUCAGGUCCACUGAACAACCAAAAUAGCCUCGGUGGCUACGGAGGUGGUGGCAUGCAGCAACAGCAGCCACCGCCGAAGAUGAUGCACCCCAGUGAGGGCCCAAACAACUUUCAGGCACGUCAGCAGCCAAACUAUCGAGCGCGCAGUCGAAGUCGAAGUCCGCCGAUUCGGGUGCCCUCUUCGCUGCCUUCCGAUGCGAUCGGCGGCGGCGGUGGUGGCGGCCACUCGAUGCAGUCGGGACUGAUGGGCUCACUUCAGCAACAACAACCACAGCCACAGCCGCCAAUUCCAAAUCAGAUGUACGGACAGAACAAUGGCUACAAUCAGCAGCAGCAGCCACUGCCACCCAAUAACGGCGGCGGUGGUUUUCAGCAAUCAAACAAUGGGCCUUAUGAUAACGGAAACAACAGUGGUCCUGGGGGUAACUUCUACUCUCGACCACCUCAGCAGCAGCAGCAGCAGUACGGGGAAGAUCGCUGGACAAGUGGCAGUGGUGGUGGUGGUCCGCAGCAGCAAGGCGGACCGAUGAACAUGGGCGGCGGCGGCGGCGGCGGAAAUCUUGGUCAGUCAGUUGGAAUGGGCGGUGGUGGAGGAGGAGGGCAGUNCAGUACGGGGAAGAUCGCUGGACAAGUGGCAGUGGUGGUGGUGGUGGUCCGCAGCAGCAAGGCGGACCGAUGA